AUGGCGUCGGCUUCCCACGUCAAGGUCGAAGCUCCAGCCUCGGCACCCAUCGCUACACCCCUCGAUAUCCCGGCCCGGACUGCUAUCAUGGAGUCUAUUGAGGACAUCUUAUAUGGCUCGGUUGCCGGUAUUGUCGGCAAGUAUAUCGAAUACCCAUUCGACACGGUGAAGGUCCGGCUACAGUCACAGCCAGACCACCUCCCGCUACGAUACAACGGCCCCUUGGACUGCUUUCGUCAGUCGAUACGUGCAGAUGGGGUACUAGGACUAUACCGGGGCAUUAGCGCACCACUCGUCGGUGCGGCUGCCGAAACAAGCAGCUUGUUCUUCUUCGAGCGAAUCGGGCGAGAUUUUAUAUACAAGACCGGCUUCUGUGCGCCGGAUGAGCCACUGCCACUCUCGGCACUUUACUUCACCGGAGCAUUCUCCGGUGUCUUCACGUCAUUUGUCCUCACACCGAUCGAGCUAGUCAAAUGCAAGAUCCAAGUCCCGGAGACCGAGGCCGGCGUCGUGAAGGCGCCUUUGCGGCCGCUGCCGGUCAUUCGAGAUAUAUUCCGCCACGAGGGCAUCAUGGGCUUCUGGCACGGACAGCUGGGCACAUUGAUCAGAGAAGCGGGAGGCUGUGCGGCUUGGUUCGGCUCCAAGGAGACUACGACGAAGCUCUUGCGAGACUGGAACAUUAAAAAGGCCAAGUCGCAGGUCGAGGUUGACGAGAUAGUCGCCAACCCCUUGCCGUUGUGGCAGCAAGCUCUGGCCGGCGCCUCCGCCGGCGUUUCAUACAACUUCCUCUUCUUCCCCGCCGAUACGAUCAAGUCACGCAUGCAGACGACGCCGAUUGGAGGCACGGCGGUGAAGCGUACCUUUGUCAGUGAAGGCAAGGCACUCUGGCAGCAGGCCGGCGUGAGGGGUUUCUACCGGGGCUGCGGCAUCACCUGUCUGCGGUCAGCUCCAAGCUCCGCGUUCAUCUUCAUGGUAUUUGACGGACUCAAGAAAUAUGUCCCUCUUUCAUAA